AUGGUGAAGAACGCUGUUGUCAUACCCGUGGCGGUGCUUGCAUCCAUAUGCGUCGUCAUGUUCGUCUUCAUCUGGUGGUGGUUCCCCAGGCACUACAGAAAGGGUGUCGCGGACGACAUGAAUAUCAUGGACGGGGAGCGGGCGGGCAGGGAGGCCACGUACGCGGGUAUGGAGGGCGGGACCACGGAAGCAGAGAACAGGCCAAAGACACUGGAAGAACACAUCGCCAUCGCCAGAGCCAACAUACGACGCGGCCAUAAUCCAGCAGCGACGCCGUAUUGA